AUGUUGAAUCUGGAGGUACAGAAACACAACUCCAACAUGUCAAAUGCCAAAUCACCUGAAGAUUCAAGCUACUUCGUUGUUAAGCACCCAACCAUCGAACAGUCUGGUAACGAGAUGAUCGUGCACGUGAAGCAGCCACCGAAAUGUAUAUCGAUUGGUUUUUCCGGAAUCAUCUGUGAAGCCGAUAAAGAUACAAUUGUGAAACACCCAAAGGUCAUUCCGAAUAAUGAUCCAUACAAUCAGAUGUUCCGCGAUAUGAUCAUUAACGAGAAACUGAUCUACGAGCGCCUGGGAAACCAUAAGGGGAUUAUUUCAUACUUGGGUGUCCAUGAUCAAUCAACUGGUGCGAUCAGGUUGGCAUACGCAAAGCAAGGAGAUCUGGAACGUUAUAUUCAAAGCCAUGACGAGCCAUCUGAAGCAAUUCGCGCCACGUGGAUUCAAUCGCUAGUGGAGACAUUUUGGUAUAUCUAUUCUCGAAAAAUUCUCCACCAAGAUGUCAAGCCCAACAAUAUACUUGUCGAGAAUGGCAGUUUGAAGGUCGUUGACUUUGCCAAUGCUGCAAUCAUGGCGGGUCUUCUACUAUGA